AUGAGCUUAACUGCCUUGCGGUCAAUACAAGAAGAAACCUCCGAGGAGUGUACAGAGCUAGAAGAGACCAUGGGCCUGAACGAUGAGAAUCAUGAGGUUGCAUUCAAUCAAAUGGCAAACUUCACACGGAUACCUCAACGCUUAAACGUAUUGUCGGCUCAAUUAGCAAACAUUCAGUGGUACUGCUCGGCUUAUGUCGAGGCACUCAAUUCUUUAGAGGAUCAGCUCCAAGCCCUACCUGAUGGAUAUGGCACUAGUGUCUUCACCGAACUUCAUGAGCAGAUGACGUAUUCCCGAUCGUGCUUAGAACAUAUUGGCUUCAUAACGAAACGAGACAAUAUAAUUGUCCAGUCUAUGAUACAAACGGUUCACGUAAAUCUUCAGCAGAGAGACAACCAACUCAACCACCGGUAUGGCGCCGAUAUGCGACUGAUCACGGCAAUCACUCUCGUCUUCCUGCCCGGAACCUUUGUCGCAACUUUCUUCAGUACUACGUUUUGGGACUUUUCUCCCGACAAUAAAGGCACGAAGGUGACAUACUGGGUGUAUCUGUACUUCGUGGUCACGAUAGGUCUGACCCUGCUGGUGCUCGUUGUAUGGAGGAAAUUCACUGCGCUUAAGCGACUGAAAUUGGGCAUGUUACAAUUUGGGCGCCGGAUCCCUAUGUUAGGAAGGCUGAUGCGCGAGAAGAAGGUGGAUGACGAAGAGUCGGGAAAGAAAGGUGACUGA